AUGCUGCGAAUAUUCACUGUUUCUAUCAGUGCUGUAUUUCUUGUUAACUGUAUCCCUUUUGAUAAUAUUUUAUUGACAAGAGAACUUGUUGAUCCAUCUUCUAAUUCAGAAGAAUGUACUGAUGCAAGCCAAUGUUUAUCUUCGAACGAAUGUACUACAUGUGAAAAUGGCCGUGGACCAGAUUGUGAUCAAGCAACUUGUAUCAAUGGUACAUGUAAUGUAAUUAAACAAUGUUCUCAAGACAUCAUAUCUAUUCCUACAGAAACAUCCUUCGUUACUAAUCAAUGCAAGGGAACUGAUGCAAGUUCCUGCAUUUUUGAUAAAUUAUGUGCGUUGUGUUUAUCAGGUUAUAGUCCAGCUUGUGCCACAGCUGUAUGUGUUAAUGAUCAAUGUAAAAUUAUCUCGGCUUGUUCAAUAUAUGCAUCUACAAUAGAACCUUCUACAAUUCCUUUUGAAUGUGAAAAUGAUGGUCAAUGUUCUUAUGCUAAAAUUUGUGCUGAUGAAUGUAAAAAUGGUACACGUCCUUUAUGUGCUACAGGAAAAUGUGUUAAUAAUAUAUGUCAAAUUAUUUUACCAUGUUCACAAAAGGUUGAAUGUACACCCGAAGAUCUAAGUCAAUGUAUUACUCCUCAAAUAUGUGACCAAUGCCUACUUGGUUAUAGUCCACCAUGUGCUCAAGCUGCUUGUGAAAAUGAUCAAUGUAAAACAAUUAUGCCAUGUGAUAUUUUCGUAGAAUCAACGACAACGAUACCUCCAAUUCAUACUUGUACUCGUAAUGAGGAAUGUUCUCAUCAUAAAAGUUGUGUAACUAAAUGUACUAAUGAUACUACACCACUUUGUGCAUCAGCUGAAUGUAUAGAUGGUAAGUGUACUGAUAUUAAACCAUGUUCACAACGGAUCUGUAAAACACGAGCAAAAUGUCCAUAUAACAAACGAAAUUGUUUAAUUUGUCCAAAAGGUUAUGAACCGACAUGUGAACAAAGCGUUUGUUCAUAUGGUGUUUGUUCAAUAGUACCACCAUGUUCCAAAAAAACUUAA